UCUUUCUGUUUCUUUCUGUUUUUUUAAUUUGAACAUCAAACUUCAACACUUUAGUACUCAUUUCAACAUCAACAAAACGAUCAAAGUUACCAAUCCAAAUCAGAUUCCCAAAGUCAAACUGUCUAAAAAUCUAAAGACUGUUCAAGUGAUUCGAUUUAACUGACUACCUUUGUUCUGUUGACCCCCCUUUCAACUUUUCAAUCAUCUCACUCUCUCUUUCUCUAUUUUAUCAUUCAUCAUCAUCAUCAUCAUCAUCAUCAUCAUCAUCAACUCAGAAAUCAAAACUCAAUCAAAUCAAUCAAUCACUUUCAUUCAUUCUCAAUCAAUCCAUCAGAUCAUGACCAUGUCCAUCACUACUCUCAACAAUCAAUCUACUGAACCAUCCGAUCAUUCAAAUCAAAAUCAAUCAAACUCAACUUCAUUGAAUCCUCAAGAACCUUUAAAAAAUUCAACUUCUCAUCCUCGAAGAACGAGAAAGUCGAAACUAUUAGCCAAUCGACGUAGACGUAGUAGAAAUCAACCUGAUUAUGAUGAAGAUCUAGAAGCAGAUCAAAAUGAUGAUGAACAAAGCAGACCGAAUCAUCUCACCACAGGUUCCGAUUCAACAAGUUCAGACUGUGAUGAUUCUACAACAAGUUCACUUUCAAAUUCAAAUUCAGAUCUAUCAGUAGACGAAUUUGAACAAGAUCAAACUCAAUUUGUGGAUCUCGAAGCAGGUCAUCAAACUUGCCUUCAAUCUGAAUCAUCGAGCACUUUUGUUCCUAAUAAAAUUGCCAAAAUCAAACCUGGUCAAACUCCAACCGAUGACCCGUCUCAAUCACCUACCGCUCAUAGCACUGCUACUCAACCAUCUCUUACAAGCUCAUCAGCUACUCGUAGGCAUAAACAACAACCUUCACCUACUUCUACGACCACCACGACUACUACAACUACUUCUACCAAUCAAACUAAUCAUGAAGAUCUCACCGCUACCAACAACAACACCCCUAGCAUCAAUAACAAUAACAACACUACCAUCAUCUUCAAUCAAGGCUCUUGGAUCACUGGCCUAAACACUAACACCAACGAAGAUCAACCUACCGUUCAAACACCGCGUUAUAUCCCAUUCAUCGAAUUCGACAACUUCAACGCCUACGGUUCUCUCAUCUUCGAUCUUAAUACCGGUUUGAGCAGUCGAUCACGUGUGGAGUAUCUUUCAAAUCACGAGCUAAUGCAAGAGAUUGAACAAGAACAAGCAGCCGCUCGACGAGCUCUGAAGAAGAGAGAGAAACGAUUAUCAAAGUUACGCGGAGACAAGCGGCCCAAUUCGCGUCCUUCCACUGGUACCCCACUUACCGUCAAUAUCAUCUCACCAUCACAACCAAACCACCGUCAUUCUGCUCAUCGAACUGGUUCACCUUUACCUUCCUCGACUCGACCACCCUCCUCGCUUGCCGGUCACACUGCCAAUCGACCUCCCUCUGCCUUCAGUAACGCCAUCUCAGAAACCAAUCAAUCCGCUGCUGCUUCAGAAGAACCUUGGACUAUUCCCCGUUCAGGUCGAUUCUGGGGACAUGACGAUCGUCAAUCUCACUCACAACGUGGGGGCCGUGGCAUGCGUGGAGGUAAUAGUCGAGGUUCUCAUGCAAGAGGCCGUGGUGGUGGUGGUGGGAUUAUUAGAGGAGCAGGUCAUCAUGGAAAAGGUGGAUUUCGCGCAGACUGGGAGGAGCAACGUCGACAUCAACCGAAUCUACAUCCCAAUGGCCCUCCUAACAAUCACCAUCUUCAUCUACAGCGACCUGACACACCGGCUGGCCAAAGCGAUACGGGUCGAAGUGUAGGCAGUGGGGCUGGUUGGAUCACCGUACAGGCGAAACAGAAAUCUUUUGGUAGUAAUGGUCAUCAAUUAAGUAAUGGAGAUGGGGAAUGGCGUCAUGAUGGAUGGGAAGAAAUUGAACGCGAGUCGGAUCGUAAAUCAGCUCAUCAAAGGGCAAGGGGAUACCAAUUUUACCGUGGUGGUGCACCUAAUCGGAGAGGAAUGGCCGUUCCAGCUAAUCAACCACCGCUUCGAUCCUCCAGUCUUCGAAGGCCUACCAACUCUGCACAGCCUAAUCAGAAUCAUUCUGAAGUAUCUUCUACCACUCCAUCCACUUUCCAAGAACCUUUGGUGAAUGGUGUCUCGAAAGUGUCGAAAUCCGAACCCAACGGUUCUUCGACAACCGAUGUACCUGAACCCACUACUAAAUCGCCCGGUCCUGUCUCUACUGUGUCCGUCGGUCCUGGAUCUCUCGACGCACCUACAGAAGCGAGUCAGGUAGAGAGCACCAAGAUUGAUGAGGUGAAAGUAUGCUUAAAUUCCAAGCACUCGCUUCCCAUCGGUACCCCCACUCCGGAAUAUCAAGAAGACAAAGCUGAAUCUGUGAUACAGACGUUAGAGGCACCUGAUAAGACCGGCACCUGCUCCAACACAUCUGAUUCUGCAAGUAUCACCGUUGCCUCCUCGCCCGACAAGAAGUCAAAGGAUGAAACACAAGUGAAGCGAUCUCCAGCGGAUGAGGAUGAGGCACCGCGGUCGGGAAUAGUAGUGAAGUUACCAACGACCAUCAAGAUUGGUACUAUCCCAGUCUACCAUCAUUCUACCAUCAUUCCCGAAGUGUCAGGUGCCAUCAAGAUCAAUGGUAGCACAAGCACGCCUCUAGUUCAACAGCCUCAAUCACAACUCAAUGAAGAACACAAUGGAAUCACAAGCAGAGAAAGGCCAACUUUCGAUCUUCCUCCCCUUCCUCAUCCUCCUCCUUCGAGUUCAAUUACCCUGGGAUCGAUUGGUGGAGCCGAAAUUUUACGGGAAGCAAUGUCGGCUUCAAUACAUCACCUUCCUCCGCCCGUACCAGUACCGACACCGUUUGUGAAUCAUUAUCAUCAUGAUUACUAUCCUCUUGAGCCACCACCACCGCAGCAACAAACAGGAAUGCUUUUACAAGGAGAAGAAGAGGACCGAUCGAGGCACAUCAGCUUUACCCCAUCAGCUGGUUCAUCAUCUGGCAAUUCCUCGCAAACUCCAUUUCCUCAUGAUCAUCACUCACAUCUACAUCAACAUCCACCAAACAUGUUUAAUUCACAUCCACCCCCACCACCGCCACCCAUCGAUCCACAACAUCAUUUCAACCCACUUCAUCAUUUCUAUCAUCCUCAUCCUCAUCCACCACCACCAUUACCACCAUUACAAUACUUUGAUCCGAUCACUGGACAACAUAUGAUUUACCCACAUCCACAACAACCACAACCAUUACCCCCACCUCCACCUCCAAUGUUUUUUGAUUUACCACCUACCCAAGCACCAUUACCACCACCACCUUCUCAACCAUUACCACCUUCGAGUGAAAGUUUAUUAACACUCUCUACACCUGGAUUAUAUGCACCACCACCACGAUCUAGUAAGGUUAGAAUCAAAGAUCCCAUCUCGGGAUUAGAAAAAGAAAAGUUUGGAGGCGAGAUUAAGUGUUUUGAACAUAAAGGAGUCACUUAUUUUCAUCAAGAACAUCCAUCAGCUGUUGUCACAUCACCAGGAGCAGCAGCAGCACAUCAACAGUCACAGAGGUAGAACUUUAGAUCAAACGAUUUAUAUACUUGUACAUUUCUUUAUACAUUUAUAGCAAUCUUUUUUUUUAGUCUUAGAUUCUUUUUUUUUUCGCCGCUUCUUCUUUUUUUCUUCUUAUUGAGAUAGAUUGAUUGAAAAAGGUUUAGGAGUUGGAUAUGUGGGUUUGGGUUUUUGGUAAGUUUGAAGAGAAGUUGCAAAAGAAAAGAAAGGUUGAAAUGAAAUGACAAAGUAAAAUUAAAAACAUUUGAACACAACAGAGAUGAAAGUUUUGAAAAAAGAAAAGAAGAAAUCAAGUUUUGAAGAGAGAAAAAUAAAAUUUUUAAAAGAUAUCAAGUUUAUAUAUUGGGUCAAUGAAAGAAUGAGUAAAAGUCUUCUUUUUUUUUCUUUUGGUUUUCUUUUCUUCUUUUGGUUUCUUUCUCUCUCUUUUUUUUGGUUUUUUUGUGUUGUUUAAGCGUGUGUCAAUUUCUGUGUGUGUGUGUGAUUGUUUUUGUUUUUGUGAAUUGGGGUUGAAGUAAAAAAGGUGUGAAGAAGACAGAUAGAAUGGUUAUAAGGUGGGUUUUCAUGAAUGAAGAAGAAAAAAAGAAAUUAAACAUU